AUGGAUAACGGCUCGUCGAAUGCAGAAUCAACAAGUAGCAAAGUGAACGAGCAGAAUAAGGGGUUUCAGGAUGGCGAGGAAAAGUUACUAAUCAAUUUGGAUGAUAAUUUAGAUGUCCAAAGAUGUGCUUAUGAGCAACAUAGCAAAAAUCACGACUCAGAAGCAUAUUCUAAAAGCAACGCAGACGAUCACGAGAAAGAAAAGGUUACCAAUACAUCAGGAGAGAAAGAAGAUACUCAUAAUCGGCAAGAAGCACAUAGUGAUGCUAUAGAGGAUGUGCCAACCACGUCCCAUAUUUACAAUGAUAAUGAAGUAGAAGAACCAGUUUUUGAUUUUCAUCGAUUUCUAGAGCAGCUUCGUUCAAGUCCUGCUGAACCAGUCGCAAAGUAUUUGAAAAGCUUUCUUUCAGAGUUUAUGAAGCGAAGAUGGUCUGUUAGUUAUCAAGUGAAGCUGAUCCAAGACUUUUUGGCCUUCAUUGGAGAGAAGAUUGAACAAUACGAACCAUGGGCUUCCGGAUCACAGGCGGAAAUUGAUAAUGCAAAGGAAGGUAUGGAAAAGCUGGUCUCCAAUCGACUCUACGCUAGAUUAUUUUCGCCGGAAAUUGCCAAGACCGGUAUGCCUUUGAGCAGCGAACACUCUGAUGAUGUUGAAGAAGAUCAUAUUUUAUCUCAGAAAAUGGAAUUAUUUCAGUGGGUUCGAGAGGAACAUUUGGAUAUCAAAAGGGCAAAAUCUAGUUCUAAAUUUUUCCGGCUUGCCGCAGAUGAACUACGACGUAUUAAUGACUAUCAUGCUCCUCGGGACAAAAUUAUAUGCUUAAUGAAUUGUUGUAAAGUGAUUUAUAGUUAUUUACGAAAUGCUGUCAAGGAAGAAUCAGCCGAUGCGUUUGUUCCGGUUUUAAUUUUUGUUCUGCUGAAAGCUCAUCCAGAACACCUUGUAUCAAAUAUCCAGUAUAUCCAGAGAUUUCGCUCUCCUGAAAAACUCUCUGGCGAAGUAUUAUACUACUUAUCUACCCUUAUGGGAGCCAUGUCCUUUAUUCAGACUAUGGAUACAAACUCAUUAACUAUUUCCGAAGAAGAGUUCAAUGUGGAAAUUGAGAAAUCAUUAAAAAAAAUGGAGUCAAAAACAAUAAAAGAGAGAGAGAAUACACCUUCUGUUUCAUCGAAUACCCAAGACAGUUCGCAAAUGUCAAAGGAGACUCAACCCGGUAUUCAACAAGGUAUGAAGACUUUACAGAUUGAAGAUGAAAAUAUGAAGCAGGAUGGGACAUUGAAUCGUCCCCGAUCAACGUCAAGAUCUCUACCAUUCGUACCGGAAUCCUGGCUCAAAACCUUGUCUGGUGGUAUAAGCAACAAGGAUCAACAAGAAAGUGAAGAUGAUCCCUAUUAUAGCUCGGGAGAAAGGCCACCCUACAAAGUUUCUCGUACUUAUUCCUCAUCUUCAGCUAUGGUGCCAAGGUCAAGACUUCCUGAUACAGAACCUGAAAGUGGCGUUCUCCCAACCGAUGCUCUUCGUGAGGCAACAAAUGCUUCACUGGAAACAGUAGAAGUAGAAAGGAUACGGUCAAAGGAAAGAACAGAGGCGAUUACCGCACUUCAGGCAAUGUUCCCGGCUUUUGACAGUGAAGUUAUAGAAGUUGUACUUAAUGCGCAAGAAGGAAGAUUAACUUCUUCUAUUGAUUCUUUGUUGGAAAUGAGCUAA